GACUUGAUACUCUUAACCCCGUCACCUGUCGAAUUGGGACCUUUCAGGCAUCGCCCUUUUCCCCCAUUGCGCCCGUCCAUCUACGUCCCAACCGAUUCGAACAUCCUGAAUAAAUCAUUCAUAUCGCCAUAGAAUCCAUAAAAUCUUCUCUCUUAAUCCUUACCAUUUUCCAUCUCUACCAAUACCUCGGCCGAUAACGUCAUACGACCGUUGAACUAGGAAUUAUCACCAUGUUCUUCCUCUACAAUCUCGAGCGCAGUGUUACCCUGCAUCCGUCGUACUUUGGCAAGAAUAUGCACGAGCUUGUUACGGGCAAGCUCUUGAAGGAUGUUGAAGGAACAUGUACCGGCAGUUACUAUAUCAUCUCCAUCAUGGACACGUUUGAUAUCUCAGAGGGUCGUAUCCUUCCAGGAAGUGGUCUAGCCGAGUUUAUGGUUGGAUACCGAGCUGUGGUCUGGCGGCCUUUCAAGGGCGAAACGAUCGAUGCCAGGGUUUUUUCAGUCAAUCAGCAUGGCUUCUUUGCUGAAGCUGGGCCGCUUAGAGUCUUUGUGUCCACCCAUCUGAUCCCGAACGAGGUCAGAUGGGACCCCAACGCCACACCUCCUCAAUUCACCAAUAACGAAGACACCACCAUCGAGGUUAACACUCAGGUUCGAGUCAAGAUUAUUGGUACCCGAUCCGAGGUUGGUGAGCUCUGGGCCAUCGGUAGCAUCAAGGAGGACUACCUCGGGACCCUCCAGAACUAGUCACCCAGUACGUCUUGACCGCGGAGUCUUUUUCUGUACUUGGUAUUACCGUAUGUGCGAGGCAGAAAUGCGUUCACACAUACGGG